GUUAUUAUUUAUUUUAUGAAUUAAAUUAACGAGGAUGAGUAUGAGUAUGACUUUAAUUUUAAAGUUAACAACGACUACAUAGCUCACUUUAGUCUUACCGUGCUAAAAAUACUCCGAAAUCUGGUUAUCAGGCAUUUCAUGCGCACCAAUAACAUACGCUGAUUCAAAGUCUCACAAAAAUAAGAUCAAAACCAUAUCAAAUUGUAAAAACAAAACAGUCUCCUGUUCUUUGGCCGAGUGCAGCGAAGUUCUCCGUUUCAUUUUGGGCAAAAAUGCUUUCGUACGUCCGGAUAUUGUCCUCGACUGGUGGAAUUUUUAACCGAAUUUCAGUAAGCAGGUUCAAUAAUUAAAUAGAUUUUUUGUUUGUGUCGGGUUCACGAGGUUGACAGCUUACAGAGCUACUAGUUGAGUUUUUUCAAACAUAAACGCCACUUUUGACACUGACAUAUUCGAGCCAUAUAGUAUCUAGACUUAAUAUUUGACGUAUCUUAAAUUACGAAUCGGACCGCUAGACUGAUUCUGCAAUCCGCUACCGCCUAUAACAUCGAUUCCAUCGACCGAUAAGUCGAUCGACUUGUCGAGUAAGAGCCACCCCUAUAUAAGCGGCAGAGACACCAUCCGGCCACCAGUCCACUGCCGCUGUCACGAACUAAUUAUUAAAAAAUAAAAUUAAAAAGUUACAUUAAAACUAUAUUGUGUUUCCGCGCGCUUUUUGGUGUUUAAAAGAAUAUUUGGGCUGAAGUUCUUAGUCGAAGAUGGAGCACGCCGAGUUCAGAGUGAAGGCCAAGGAGAUGGUUGACUACAUAGCGGACUACCUGGAGAACAUCCGGGAAAGGAAGGUGUACCCGAGCGUGCAGCCCGGGUACCUGCACAAGCGGCUACCCGCGACUCCACCCGUGCAGCCUGAGGCUUGGGAUGAUAUCUUCAAGGACGUUGAUGAGCAUAUCAUGCCUGGGCUGGUCCACUGGCAGUCUCCCCACAUGCACGCGUAUUUUCCAGCUCUGACGUCUUACCCUUCCAUCAUGGGAGACAUGCUGUCGAGUGCGCUCAACGUGCUCUGCUUCACCUGGGCGUCGUCACCAGCGGGCACAGAGCUGGAGACCAUCGCCAUGAACUGGCUCGGCAAGAUCUUGGGGCUACCGGAGUGCUUCCUCAAUGAGAAGAACGACAGCCCUGGAGGAGGGGUUAUCCAGACCACUGCUAGCGAAGCCACGUUGGUGAGCCUACUAGCAGCACGCACCAGGGCGCUCAUGGAGCUCUCGAGACUGAACCCUGAUCUGCAGUCUUCAGAACUGCUGGGGCAUCUCAUCUGCUACUGCUCGGACCAGGCACACUCCUCAGUUGAGAAGGCUGGGCUUAUUGGUCUCGUACGCAUGCGCUACAUCGAGUCGGAUGAACAUCAGUGCAUGCGCGGCGCAGCUCUUGAGGAGGCUAUACUGGCUGACAAGGAAAAAGGCCUCGUCCCAUUCUGGGUGUGUGCAACCCUCGGCACGACGGGUUCCGUAGCCUUCGACAAUUUGCGUGAAAUAGGCGCAGUAUGUGACAAGCACGGCGCAUGGCUUCACGUAGACGCCGCAUAUGCGGGCAGCGCUUUCGUCUGUCCAGAAUACAGACACUGGAUGAACGGGAUAGAGAUGGCGGACUCCUUCGCUUUCAACCCUUCCAAGUGGCUGAUGGUGAACUUCGACUGCACUGCCAUGUGGGUCCGGGACAGUACUGCUCUGCACAGGACCUUCAACGUCAACCCGAUUUACCUGAGGCACGAGAAUUCAGGAAAAGCUAUCGAUUAUAUGCAUUGGCAAAUUCCUCUGAGUCGUCGCUUCAGGGCCUUGAAGCUGUGGUUCGUACUGAGGAACUAUGGCAUCACCGGUCUUCAGAAGCAUAUUAGGGAGAGCGUUCGCUUGGCGCAGAAGUUUGAGGCGUUGGUAUUGGCUGACCAGCGAUUCGAAAUCCCGCAACCGAGGAAUCUAGGCAUGGUGGCUUUCCGUAUGAAGGGCGACAACGCUCUCACAGAGCGUCUCCUCAAACGUCUGAACGCCCGCGGCUACAUCCACGCCGUGCCCGCCUGUUUCAAGGGCACCUACGUCAUCCGCUUCACCGUGACGUCACAGAGGACCACCAAUCAGGACAUCCUUGAUGAUUGGAACGAGAUCAAGGCAGUGGCUUCGGAGAUCCUGAUGGAGGUUUUCGGAUCAGACAAUGGCAACAUCGUGGUGCCGAAGAAGCCUAGGAUCUCUCUCAAAGAGACCCGCGAGCUGAACGCGACUUUCGGCACCAGUCUGCUCCUGGCCAACAGCCCGAUGAGUCCCAAGAUAGUGAACGGCACACACGCGGCCAUCUGUGAUUAUGAGCAGGUGCUCACAUCCUGUGCGCAGACGUUCGCGCAGCUUAAGAUGGAGCCGAAGGAUAGUCCUGAGAUGCGUCGUCGCAUCCGCGCGAUCAAGAUGUGUGGGAAGAAGCUCUCUCUAGACUCCUGCAUGGACAUGGUCCAGGGGAUGAUGGUGGAACAGUCCCUACCACUGUGUCACGAGGAGGGGGAGGAUGUUUCUAACGGAUCGAGCCCCGGUGACAGGUCCUCGCUGUCUCCUUCACCUGUCACCAUCAAACAAGAGGCCAGCCCGGAAUCGAAUCAGCUACAACUCCCCGCCAGGCAAUACCGCUCCAAAUCUGUUGACGUCUCCUUAACCGGUCUCAAACUUGAUGACGCUAAAAUAACAAUUGAUGUUAAAAACAAUGAAAUAAUAAUAACACCUACAGGCUCAAAAGCAAUCACUGAUCCCGUAAAUGAUACCCAAAAAUCAGUACACUUCAGUGACCUAGAAGAAAAAUUAAACAUUGGAGACAAAAUCACUCAGGCAUUCGAAAAUUUUCAAGAUGGUCUGCAAAUGCUAAGUGAAUUUAGACCGAAUGACAAUGAAAAUAAACUUGAAAAUAAAGAUGAAUGUGAUACUAAGCUCACUAUUAGAGGUCCUGGUAGUUAUAUUAAGAAGUUAAUACAACAAUUCAGUGAAGAUCCAUUUGGAAGUGAAGAUGCCAAGCCUGAAGCUGAUCGAGGCAGCUCAAGUCAAACAAUAAAGGAAAAAGCUGAUGCUAUUUGUAAAAAAUGUCUACAUUACAAGGGUAAGAUUUCUAAGUAAAUGUGUAACGUGGCAAUAAUAAUUACGGCAAUGAAAACGGUGUAUUUAAAUGUUUAGGUAAACUAAAUAUCGGAAAAUAAAGAAUUAGAUUUGUAGAUGUCGAUUCUUUUGCAAAGUGAUUUAAGUUUUAGAUAAUCUAUAUUUAGUGAAAUUAAUAGAAUAUUAAAUCAGUGUUCAAAAAUGAUAUAAAAAGAUUAUUUAGUCAAUAAAUGUUGGUAUCUACUUAAGUUACACCUAUCAGCGAACAUUUCUCAAUUAUAAAAAAAUUGAACAAAUUACUCACGUCGAGUAUAUUUCAUCCGUGUAAAUUUUAUUUUAUUUAUUCCUUAAAUUAACACUUACAGUCAAGCUACACAUGUUAAAAUUAAAGUUAUAUGUAUGUUAAGUUAGACCAAGAUAAGUUGGCAGCGAUUUUGACAGCGCCGACAGUGCAAGUGUUAUUUUAAACGUCAAACUUCUAUGAAAUUAUGACUUACUUAACACUUGCAUAGGUUGGCCUAUCAUAAUCGUUGCCAACUUAUCUUGGUCUGACUUAACAUACAUAUAACUUUAAUUUACACGAAUGAAAUAUACUCGACGUGAAAUAUUUGUUCAAUUUUUUUAAAAUUUAGAAAUGUUCGCUGAUAGGUGUUGUGCGUUUCUAAAAUCUCUUCAAAAUAAUAAUGAUAAUAUAAUAUUGUCGAUUGGAUAUAUUUUUUCUUGCAAUACGUAGCUAGAAUUGUUAGAAAAAAGUGUUGUUAUUCUAAUUCAUAAGUGCAAUAAACUUCGUUCAAAUAUUAGUAAGGAGAAAAUGUACUCAAACUUGAGCUCCAGUAGAUUUAUUCUGCUGUUAAUUACAGGUGAUGAAUUAGAGAUCUGGAUUUGUUAAAGAACUGUGUAUUCUGUCAGUAUCAAUAUUUGAAUUUCUGCUUGAAGAUAAGUUCAUCCAGAUCAAAUUCAUAAC